CCGAGUGGCCGGAGCGGCGGCCGCCGCGGCCGGAGACUUUCUGCUAACCUCCCCGCCCCGCCGCCCCUCCCCGGCGCCCCCCGCCCCUCCCCUCCCCCUGCCCGAAAGACGCGCAUCGCCGCCCGGAGUGGCGCCUCCAGUCGCGGCGGCCGCGGCGGUGGCGGCGGAUGGGGGGCGCGAGCGGGCGGCCGCGGCGGCUGCACCCGGUGGGGCGCUGAUGCGGCGCCUGGACCUUCGCUGCGCGACUUCGGGGGCGUCGGCCGAGUGGGCACUCCGCGAUGCAGCUCCUGAAGGCGCUCUGGGCACUCGCAGGGGCCGCGCUCUGCUGUUUCCUCGUCCUGGUGAUUCACGCUCAGUUCCUCAAAGAAGGUCAGCUGGCCGCCGGCACCUGUGAGAUUGUGACCCUGGACCGCGACAGCAGCCAGCCCAGGAGGACGAUCGCCCGGCAGACGGCUCGCUGUGCCUGCAGAAAGGGGCAGAUCGCGGGCACCACGAGAGCCCGGCCCGCCUGCGUGGACGCUCGGAUCAUCAAGACAAAGCAGUGGUGCGACAUGCUCCCGUGUCUGGAGGGUGAAGGCUGUGACCUGCUGAUCAACCGGUCAGGCUGGACGUGCACGCAGCCCGGAGGGCGGAUAAAGACCACCACGGUCUCCUGACAAACGCAGCCCCAGAGGGGCCCCGGGAGUGGCCUUGGCUCCCUGGAGAGUCCACGCCUCAGCCACGGCCCUCUGUCCGCCGUGGGCACCACCUGUUCUCUGCCACCCGCCCACCGUCCGUUUCUCUGUAGCCUGCCAAGGACAGCCCGCUUCCCUGGCGUUCUGAGCUGAGUGUGUCCGCGGCAGCGAGGAGCCCGGCCUGGGACACAGCGGGGGCAGCGCUGGGCGUCCGCGGGAGCCUGGCCUCACCAGCCCGGGAAGAAGGGUGGCGCCGGGCCCGGGGCAGGACUGGCCUCUCCUUGUGCCCCAGACUGUCCGAAUCGGUUUUAUUUUCUUACCCUUUCAGUAUUUACUCAAUAGACCAAAGAGCAAAUCUAUUUUAACGUGGACUCACCCUCACCGUCCGAGUCCCUGGGUCCGACUGGGGGACACGGGGGCCGAGACGUGCCGGGGGCCCCGGCGGGGCGCGGAGGGCGGCCCUGGCGGGCGCGUCCGCCCCACGGACACUGCGGCGCGCCCUGAGAGGGGCCCAGCCGGCGGAGGACACAGCCCCGCGGACCGCGGCCGGCGAUGCCCCCACGCGGACCCCGCGAGCGAGUGCGCCUCGCCGGGGACACAGACCACGGCGCCCGCCCCGCGCGCUGUGCUUAGAUGGACCUGACCGACUAAAAUCACUUUCUGUUUUAACCAGUCACACCUGCCUCUCUGCAGCUCAUUUCUGAUAGUGGGAUAAUCCAGUAUUCGCCAAGAGCAUGUUGGGUCUCCCGUGACCGCUGUCUCCUCUGAUACACCAUUUAGCUCCAGAAAGCAAAUUAAAGAAAACUCGAGUAACACUUGUUUGAAAGAGAUCAUUAAAUGUAUUUUGCAAAGCCUAAAGUUAUAUAUUUAACAGUUUUUAUAUGCUGUAUAUUUGUAGAAAAUCCUAUUUAACAGUUCAUGUUGGUAGCCCUGGCCGACCCGAGAGGCCGGCAGAGCGCGGUGUCUCUGGAGGUUCCGGGGGGUGGGCGCGGGGGGCCCCCGCCGGGCGUGAGCGCAGGACUCUGGGGACAGCAGCCGAGGACGCGCCCGACGUCGCGGGAGCCGCGGCGGGCGCCAGCGGGGACGCGGCUGUCUUCACCUGGCUCGGGCCCGUCUCCGCGGACGCGGUGUGUGCGUCCUCUUCCAGCGGAUUCCGCGUCCCUUGUUCUCACCCCCCACCCCCACAUGGCGGGUCUGGAGGGGUCUCUGCAGCCGACCUCCGACCCCAGUCCACGUCCCGCUGGCUCUGUCUUCACGCCGGACGGCUGAGACGCUGGGGUGGCCACCGCGUGUGGAGGAUGGCCGGCGCCUGACCCUCCCGACCUUCUCGCGCCUCGGUGCAGGGCAGGGUCUCCGGGCCCAGUGAGCAAGGGGCAGUUCUGUUUCCCCGUCCCCUGGCCGUCGUCCGCCGGGUUCCUCCAUUCUCCUAAGUUUCCGCUGAACUACACUACCUGAUAGUCCGAUUAACAGGUGUUAAUGCUAGUUCGAUGCUACUAAAAAAAAAAGAAAAAAAAGAAAGAAAAAGUAAAAAAAAAAAAAAAUAUACAUAUAUAUAUAGAAGCUGUUCCAGCAACCCAUAGACUACAGAUAGGAGAGAAGAUCCAUUUAGACCCGUUUCAACGUCCAUGAGCAUUUAAUUUACCUUUUGGUCACCACAAAUGUAGAGGUUCGAGUGUCCUGGAGGGAAAGACACGGCCGGGGGUGGGGGGGGGGACCUCGGUUUCUGGUGGCCGAAGUGGCGGGCGGCCGAGGGAGGGUCCCGCCUUCUCGCCCCGCCCACGUCUCUGCCGCCUCCCUGUGCGCACUUCCUCCCACAGCCAGUGUAGACCCCUUCCAAGGCAGAGACUGGAGGUUUAAGACGAUACAGCGGUUUUUUUUUUCUUGUUUUACAGUAUUCAAUUUUGUGUUGAUUCAGCUAAAUUAUGAAAAUAAAGAAAAACUCCUUUGGUAA